AUGAUAAAUUAAUCUAAUUCGAACAAAUACAAUAGUAGUCACUAGCAGCAAUAACAUUAAAACUACUACGGAUAAUAUCCAUAAAAUUCUUCAUUUAUCACACCAUUAUUUAGUUCUUCUACUGUCCAGCCAAAAGUAUAAAAUCUAUUUGAACAAUCUACAACUGCUCCUUAAAGCAUUAUCAAUUAGCUUGAUUUUUUUAAUGAUUCUUGGGAUGCUCUAGCCUACAAGAAAUACUAAAACAACACUAAUAUAGAAUAAAAUGAUUCCCAAUUCUUUAAUAUAUUCGCUCCUUGCUAGUAACAAACUCAAAAUAUGAACUAAUUUCAUCAAUUACCUAUCAUAUAUAGUCCUUUUGAUUCCUCAUAGAGCUACUAAACUUUUCAAAAUAUACCUCAAUUUAAUACUUCUCCCUACACUCCUCAAAAGUAAAACUUGCAAUCAAACUAGUAGAAAUCUAAUAAAAAGUGGACGCCUGGAAGCAUCAACUCAACUCCUCACACUGCUCCAUGCAGUUCUAUGAAGGAAGACCCCAACUAAGUCUCCAAUUAAUUUAUUAAUUAAUCAGAUAUUACUGAAUUUUAAUACAACAUAAACGAAUAAACCAAUAAGAAACAUCAAAUUUAAAAAUCUAAAACUAAUUGCUGUAUAAGUGCAAGCUCCAGUUGCAAAUCUUCAAAUUGCAAUUCUGAUUCAGAGGAAUCAUGCUUUUUAUCAACAAACACCCAUAUCUCCUCUGCUUCUCAAAAUAAAUAGCCUAAAAAGGUCUUUAUUAAAAGCCACAUUGAAGAAAUCUGGAAUAGACCAUAUGAUGGAACAUUCAACAAAAAAAGCUCUCCCGCUGUUUAUUGA